AUGACAUCUAUUGAAAGGUUAAUCUCUGAACCACCGCUCCUUAUCGAACCCUCAUUAUCACAUCUAAGAUACCUUAUUUUAUCAGAUGGGCUACCAACAUCAAAUGACAAGAAAACACAGAGAUUAAGAUCCUAUGUAUGGUCCAUUCUUUCAAGGACCUCUAUGGAAGGCUCUACUCAGAAAUAUUUAUAUUAUUUAAGUUUAGGUCUCCCGAAUUCCAAAAUCACUCAAAAGAUAUUAGAUGAUACUUUUAGAACUUUCUCAACUGAUGAAAAAUUUACAGCAGAAGUGAAAGAAGAUGUAUUGAUACGAUGUUUAUCAUGUUUCGCUUGGCAAACAGAGGAAUACAGUCAUCAAUUGGGGGAAAAACUUAGACGAUCAGGAAAGAGUAAUCAGAAAGUGGGACGAGGAAGAAAUGACAUUGGUCCAGAUAAUGACGAUGAUGAAGACAAACAAGAGAAGGAAGUGAGGAUCCAUGAUGACACAUAUAUUCAUGAAAUUAGUCCAUAUCUUCAAGGAAUGAACAUUAUACUGGCACCUUUAUUAUAUGCUUGUCCUACAGAACCGAUCGCCUUCAAAUUAUUCUCAACAAUGUGUUAUGACCUUUUUCCAGCCUACAUCACUAAAAAUAUGAAAGGUAGCCAAAAUGGAGCUAAGCUAUUAGAUUUAUGUUUGGAGAUUAUUGACCCAAAAUUAAGCGGAUUAUUACAUGGUCAUUUACUUAAUGCACAGACAUACGCUUACUCGAAAAUUCUAACAUUUUCCAGUAGUACAAAGCCAUUGGAUCAAGUUAUAAAAUUAUGGGAUUUUAUGUUUGCUUACGGGUUCCAUAUGAAUAUUUUACUAAUAAUCGCAAUGUUUGAAAGAAAUAGGUCAUUGAUAAUGAAAUCAGAAUCACCGUUAAGUUUAAUACUAAACGGUUUACCUGAUAUUGAUGCAGAUGAAAUUAUUAGCUUAGCAGUCGGUUUUAUAGCAAAAAUACCAACAGAUAUCUAUGAAUUAUUAGUAGAACAUUUAGUCAACUCUGAUAUCAUUAUACCAUGA